CUUGUUCCGUCGGUCUAGCUGCUCCAACGCCUCAAACUCCUUGUUCGAGGAGAAGCAAGGCCCCCCUCCACAACAGAGCCACCUACCCAUUCCCUCUCUGUCCUUAGCACGGGUCGACAAGCGUUAAAAAGCACAGACCUUUUGUUUUAGCUGUAGCUGACCCUCCAGUCUCCCCCCUGGUUUUUACUAAUCCUGCUGUAUAUCCCUCACCAUGGCGGCGAGUGCGAAGCGAAAACAAGAGGAGAAACACCUGAAGAUGCUGAGAGAAAUGACGAGUUUGCCUCCCAACAGAAAGUGCUUUGACUGCGACCAGCGGGGCCCAACCUAUGCCAAUAUGACUGUGGGCUCCUUCGUGUGCACCUCCUGCUCUGGCAUCCUACGAGGGCUGAAUCCACCCCACAGAGUCAAGUCCAUCUCCAUGACAACCUUCACGCAACAGGAAAUCGAGUUCCUACAGAAACAUGGCAAUGAGGUAUGUAAACAGAUCUGGCUUGGCCUUUAUGAUGACAGAACCUCCUCAAUACCAGAUUUCAGAGAACCGCAGAAGGUGAAGGAGUUCCUUCAAGAGAAAUAUGAGAAGAAGAGAUGGUAUGUACCUCCUGAGCAGGCCAAGGUAGUGGCAUCCGUCCAUGCUUCCAUCUCUGGCUCCUCAAACAGCAGCACGAGCAGCACCCCAGAGGUUAGACCACUCAAAUCCCUGCUGGGGGAGUCAGCGCCCUCCCUACACCUCAACAAGAACACCCCACCUAAUCAGUCUCCAGUGGUGAGCCGUGGACAAGCCAGUCAGCAGCUCCAUGACAAGAGGUUCGACCUCCUCAGCGACUUGGGUGGAGACAUCUUUGCUGCCCCGCCCAACAUGGCUGCAGGCGCCAGCUCCAGUUUUGCUAACUUUGCACAUUUCAACAGUCACACAACAGCACAGAAUGCCAACGCAAGUGCAGACUUUGCUAAUUUUGAUGCAUUCGGGAGCACUCCUGGGUCGUCAGGUGGUUUCCCCUCCGCACCUCAAGCCUCAUUCCAACCCCCAAAUACAGGUAGUGCCUCAGGGGGACUAGCAAAUGCCAAUUUUGCAAAUUUUGACAACUUCCCCAAAUCGUGUAGUGCUGACUUUGGAUCCUUCAGUUCCUCCUCCCAGAGUAACUCCACAGGAGCUGGCAGAGAUGCUGUACAGAGUACUAGCCUCCCUGCUGAUAGAUACGCAGCCCUGGCUGACCUGGAUAACGUGUUUAGCUCUGCCAAAACAGAGCAAGGAGCUGGUAUUUCUGGUGGGGUGAGCUCCACAGCAGCAGCAGGAGUAGCUGGUCUGCCUCAGAAGCAGCAGGCAGUGUCUGCAGGAGGGGACCGCUAUGCUGCUCUGGCUGAGCUUGACACUGUCUUCAGCCCCGCAGUCCCUGCCACCAGCGUUUACAGCACCACCAGCACCUCACAAGGGGGUGUGUUUGGCUCAGAGACUGGGGUGUCAACUGCACAAGCACAGCAGGCCCUGCCUGGCAUGGCUCAAGGUUUUGGAGCUCCGUCAACUAAUCCGUUUGUAGCUGCUGGAGUUGCCCCCGCAGCAGCUCCCACCAACCCAUUCCAGAGCAACGGCAGGACAGCAAACAUGGCAGCGGCGGCGGCGGCGGCAGCAGGCUUGAUGAGGGCUCUUCAUGGGCAGGGUUAUCCUCCCGCCUUUGCAUCAUUUGGCACAGGGUCCAUGAGUAUGCCCGCUGGAUUUGGGAAUGCUGCAGCCUUCAACCUCCCCACCAGCUUUAGUGGAACCUUCCAGCAACCCUUUCCUGGCCAGGCUCCCUUCCCUCAGCCUCCUGCGUAUCCCCAGCAACCAAACGGUGGAGGAUUUCCAGCUUUUGGCCAGGCCAAGCCUGUUGUGACUCCUUUUGGGCAAGUGAUGGCUGGACCCAUGGUCUCUAGCAACCCUUUCCUGGGUGCAGGUCCAUCCGCACAGUAUCCAGCAGGAGGCUCCUCAACGAAUCCCUUCUUAUAGCGAUCCAUCCAAUCAGCUCCGCUACAGGGUCAACUGGCGCGCUUGCACCUAUUGCACUGUUUUGUUUCACAAGUAGCUUUAAACACGAUGUUUGUAAGGAUUUGUAUUUUCUAUUGCAUUUUUUUGUCACAAAUGGAACAAUACAAGAGACGAUCAUGCUACAAAACAAAGUGAUGGUGUGUGCAGAGGGAGAGGCUGAUCCCCUCCUCUCUAUUUAACCUGUGAACUGGCCUGGCCUCUGCUGAACCACAAUGUAUAAUCAAACUGGCUGAAAACUAAGUUAUUGCGUACAGUACAUCCCAUUCAUUAUGCUGCAAUUCUGUACAUAUUAAUUUUCUUUUAGGAAAUUAGUGCUUUGUGCAUAUCAGUAUUUGUAUCUAGCUCACAGGAUUUGUUAAGACAGAACUGUUGCUUGGAAAAAGCUAAUGGGUACUGCCACUUACUGUAUUUGUGAAGAACCAAACUGUUUAUUUGUGCAGGUUCCUUUUAGGUAAACUGUUCUCACUAAAGAAAAAAGAAAGCCUGUUCCGUUGGCGAGAGGUGAAAGGAGUGACUGUCGAAUCAGGGAUGGGCAGAAGACUCCUUUCUCUGCCAUCCGCUGUCCUGCUGACAGAGGCCCAGGUCACAAAGCUUCUGAACUACACUCAGUCCGUAAGUGGGUAAAGGCUGAUGAGCUGGAAACCACUUACAUUGGGUAUUAGAGAAUUUUAAGUUAAUGUGUAAAUAUAUACAGUAUAUAUAUUAAAAUGAAUUUUAAGUAAGAAGAAAUGACCAAACCAUUCAUUUAUACUGAUGUAUGGAAAUCUUGUAUAUUUGUUUUGUAUAAAAAAAAAAAGAAAAGAUUUAUAUUCAUGGUGUUGCA